AUGGUUGACCAACUAAAAUUGUAUCUCUUUGGAGAUCAGACAUACGACACUCAAUCGCACUUGAGGGAGUUGAUGCUAUACAGGCACAAUCCAGUCUUGGAAGACUUCCUGGUUAAAGUAUACGACACCAUCCGCACAGAGAUAUACAAACUUCCAGCUGAAAUCAGGGAUGAUCUCCCUCGAUUCACCUGUUUGGACGAUCUCGUCCUGUGGAAGCAAGAUGGAAAACGGUGCAUAGCCUUAGACAUGGCUGUAACAUGCAUGUACCAGCUCGGGGUUUUCAUCAGCCAGGCUGACACGUGGGAUUUCCACGCCAACAAUUCCCAAGUUCUGGGUCUCUGCACGGGAGCUUUGGCAGCAGCAGCAGUUAGCUGUAGUCGCAGCACACUCGAGCUCAUCCCCGUGGCUGUUGACGCAGUGGUUGUGGCUUUCAGAACGGGCGUGCGUGUAACUGAUAUGGCACAGAGACUCCAAUCUUCGGAUUCGUCAGAUCCGAGCUGGUCAAUUAUUGUUCCCGGCUCUGCCUCUGCUGAUGCCGUCCGAAGAUUUUGCGAACGAACGACGUUACCCCUAUCUGUCAGGCCGUACGUCAGCGCCUAUGCUCCCAACGGCAUCACCGUCAGCGGCCCGCCUCGCUCGCUCGAUCUACUUACCCAGUCGGGGACUUUACAUAAUUCAGGCUUAAAGGGUAUCAAGAUCUUCGGACCUUACCAUGCUCCCCAUCUAUACUCUUCGGAGGACGUCGACGAAAUUGUCGAGAAUCUGAGUUCCAGCGGCACCAAUUCACGCUCUAGCUAUAUUCCUGUCUUCUCCAGCACUGGAAAGACGGAGGAGAGUAGCAACUUUGAGAUGCUGUUAAAGUCUGCAGUCGACCAAAUACUGCUGCAACCUAUUCGUUGGAAUGACAUCCUCGAAGAGCUGCAAACUUGUCUCCGGAGAGAGCAACCCGAGUCAUUCAGUAUUGUUCCAAUUGGGACGAAAGCCGAUCAGCUGAUAUACACAGCGCUUAAGCAGACAUCUCUGCGUUCAUUGCUAACACCCAUGCCAACACAGAGCCAACCGUCCGUUGCUCAGGGUAGCUCGUAUGCUAGUCCCGGAAAGCCCAAGCUCGCCAUCAUCGGGUUAUCAGGGAGAUUCCCUGGCGCUCAAGACAACGAAGCAUUCUGGGACCUUCUUUACCAGGGUUUAGAUGUCCACAAGCCUGUCCCAGACUUUCACUGGGAUGCCAGAACCCAUGUCGACCCUACAGGAAAGGGGAAGAACACGAGCGCAACGGCAUUUGGCUGCUGGCUUGACGACCCUGCCGGUUUCGAUGCGCGGUUCUUCAACAUCUCGCCCCGAGAGGCGCCACAAAUUGACCCUUCACAAAGGCUUGCCCUGAUGACAGCUUAUGAAGCAAUCGAACAAGCUGGUAUUGUCCCAGACGCCACUCCAUCGACACGACGCGAUCGCGUUGGCGUCUUUUAUGGUGUGACUAGCAUGGACUGGAUGGAAACGAACAGCGCUCAGAACGUGGACACGUACUUUAUCCCAGGCGGAAACCAAGCGUUUAUCCCGGGACGUGUAAAUUACUUUUUCAAGUUCAGCGGCCCGAGUUAUGCGGUUAAUACGGCAUGCUCAUCCAGUCUUGCUGGUAUCCACCUCGCCUGUAAUUCUCUCUGGAGAGGAGACAUCGAUACGGCUAUUGCGGGCGGUACCAAUGUCUUGACCAACCCGGACAUGACGGCCGGUCUUGAUAAGGGGCACUUCCUCUCACGAACGGGCAACUGCAAAACCUUCGACGACUCGGCUGAUGGAUACUGUCGAGGAGAAGGCGUUGGUACACUCAUUAUCAAACGUCUUGAUGAUGCUAUUGCCGACAAGGAUCCCAUCUUGGGAUUGAUCUUGGGAGCAUACACAAAUCACUCGGCCGAAUCUGAGUCUAUUACACGGCCACACGUUGGAGCUCAGCGUGCCAUCUUCAAAAAGAUCCUUAACCAAGGUGCCGUUGACCCCUAUUCUAUCGGAUAUGUCGAGAUGCACGGAACAGGUACGCAGGCUGGCGACGCCGGAGAGAUGUCCAGUGUUUUAGACACCUUUGCCCCUCCUCUUGCUCAAGUGAAGACCGGUCGAAACAGUAACGAGGCUCUCUUCUUGGGUUCUGUCAAGGCAAAUGUCGGCCACGGUGAAGCUGCAUCUGGUAUGGCAAGUCUUACCAAGGUGAUACUGAUGAUGCAGAAGAGUAUGAUAGUACCGCAUUGUGGUAUUAAGACAAAGAUAAACCACAAGUUUCCGACGGACUUAAACGAACGAAAUGUCCAUAUCGCUUUAAAGCCGACUCCUUGGGAAAGGAAUUCCGACCCUUCAAAGCCUCGACGAGCAUUUGUGAACAACUUCAGCGCUGCCGGCGGGAACACGGCUUUGUUGAUUGAAGAUGCGCCAUAUGUGCCUGAGUCUACCAACGAAGUCCCUGAUACGCGAAACCAACAUCUUGUGGCUGUAUCGGCUAAGAAUGGUGUCUCCUUACAAGGAAACCUAAAGUCUUUGCUCAAGUACUUAGAGCAUAACCCAAGUGUCAACCCCGGCCAGCUCUCGUACACCACGACAGCACGACGCAUUCACCAUCAGCAUCGUGUAAUGCUUACUGGUUCAACCGCUGAGGAUUUAUGCGUCCAGAUCGAGGCAGCUAUCCGUGACCAAACGGGAAUGACUAGGCCCAAGGGCUCCCCUAAGGUUGUCUUCGCAUUCACAGGACAGGGAGCACAAUACCCCGGCAUGGGAAAGGAACUAUACGACAACUUCUCUCUAUUCCGUACUGAAAUUAGAAGGUUAGAUCGCAUUGGUCACAACCUGGGCUUCCCUUCCAUACUUCCCGUCAUCCAAUCGAAAGAAUUAGAUGUCAGCAUUUUCAAACCUGCCGCUGUUCAGUUGGCUAGUGUCUGUUUGCAAAUCGCACUCAGCAAGCUGUGGGCAUCGUGGAAUAUCACUCCCACCGCCGUUGUUGGACACAGUCUAGGCGAGUAUGCGGCUCUCAACGUUUCUGGAGUUUUAUCUGACGCGGACACUAUCUACCUCGUGGGAGCGAGAGCCACUUUACUCCAGGAGAAGUGUACACGAGAUACCCACUCCAUGCUGGUAGUCAUGGCGUCAGUAGAGACGGUCCAGAGCAUCCUCAAGAAUCGCACGUAUGAAGUUGCUUGCAUUAACUCACCAACCGAGACGGUCUUGGCUGGUAUCAAUGAGGACAUCGCCGUAUCCAAGAAUAUACUAGCGGAUGCAGGACUCAAGACGACACUAUUGAAAGUUCCCUACGCUUUCCAUUCGUCUCAAGUAAACCCGAUUCUGGAAGACUUUAAGAAGUUAGCCAGUGGCGCAACAUACUCCGAGGCUAAGAUUCCCGUGUUAUGCCCCUUGGAUGGAAGUAUCGCCAUCGGCAUUGAAAACUUCGGCCCUGACUAUCUCGCCCGCCAUACCCGAGAACCUGUCAAUAUGCGAAAGGCACUUCUGGCAGCAAAUACUCGUCACAUUUUUGGCGACCAGUCUACCACGUUAGAAAUUGGUCCUCAUCCUGCCAUCUCUGGUAUGGUUCGAUCGGUCCUCGGAUCCCAGACUAAAACUCUGCCGUCCUUACAGAGAGGCAGACCAGUUUUCGUGACCCUAGUAGCUGCUCUGAAAGCUCUCUACACCGCAGGUGCUGACAUUCGGUGGUCGGGAUACCAUUCUGAUUUCAAGGCUUCUCAUAAAGUUGUCCAACUGCCAGCAUACAAUUGGGACUUGAAGCCAUACUGGAUACAAUACGUCAACGACUGGUCCUUGCGCAAGGGAGAUCCCCCUCUAGUAAUCAGCGGCUCCUCGCGGCUCGAGAGCACUACUGUUCAUAAGGUUGUCGAAGAGACGGGCGAUUCCAAGAAAGCUCACAUCAUCGUCGAGGCGGAUGUCACGCGCAAGGAUUUCCGCCCAUUGGUAGAAGGCCAUGAGGUUGACGGGGUUCCUCUCUGCACUCCAGCAGUUUAUGCCGAUAUCGCGCUGACCGUCGGUACUUACCUCCUCGAGCGGUAUAAUCCAAGCAAAGCGGGCAGCAUUGUCAAUAUCUCCAACUUGGACAUUGUUAAGGCUCUGAUUCUCCGACCUGACGCUGCUCAACAGGCCCUUCAAGCUCAUGCUGAGGCAGACUGGACAUCAAACACGGCGACUGUCAAAUUUAUGACUUUUAACGCCCAGCAAAAACUACAGGAGCAUUCUCGCUGCGUUAUCCGCUUCACAGACAGCAGCCUCCAGCAAAAACUGCAAAAGGAAGCAGCAAACGUGAAGCAAAGAUUGCAAGCCCUUCGAAAUGGAAUAGUUACGGGCGAGACCGCUCGUUACAAUCGUUCCAUGGUAUACCGCGCCAUCCGGCCGCUGGCACGAUUCCACGACGACUACAGAGCUGUGGACGAGAUUCUUCUUGAUAGCAAGACGCUAGAGGCUUCUAGUCGUCUUAGCUUUGGAAGUUUUAAGAAGGGUGGUGACUUUCACACACAUCCAGGUCUUCUAGAUGCUUUGACUUGGUCUGCUGGAUUCUCCAUGAACUGCAAGGAUGACAACGAUCUAGAUCGGGAUGUAUAUGUAAACCACGGAUGGGGAUCGUUCCAAAUGUUUGAGCCGCUCUCGUUCGAAAAGGAGUACACUACUUAUUCUCGUAUGGUUGAAGGUAAAGAUCGAUUGUGGCAUGGUGACGUGAUGAUAUUGCACGGCGAGAAAGUCGUCGCACACUUCGGAGAGUUUGCGAUGCAAGGCGUGCCACGUCGAGUAUUGCGGGUGAUCCUAUCAGCAGAAAGUGGCAAAUCAAAGAAGCAGCAGCCUGUUCAGCCGCCAGUUCAGAAGAGCCAGAUUGCUCCCUCAGCACCCUCUCAACCUCUCGUCAGCGCAGAAAAACCUACCCAAGUAAUCGCAGAGUCUUCAUCCUCACCAAAUGUUGCACGAGCCUUGGCCAUCAUUGCUGAUGAAAGUGGUAUUGCCGUAUCGGAUUUAACCGACAACACUGUCUUCGGUGACGUCGGAAUCGAUUCUCUCCUGGGCCUAACCAUCUCGGCUAGAUUCAAGGAGGAGCUUGACAUGGAUCUCGACUUCAACGCACUCUUUUACGAGUAUCCCACCGUUGGGGAUCUUAAGGGUUUCUUUGGAGAUUCGAAAUCGGCCAGCACUACUGGUGCUUCUACUCCGAGAACAAACGACGGAAUAGAUACACCAACGCCAAAGGCUAGCACGACAACCUCUUCUGUCGUAGAUGAGCCCUUGGUUACAGUUAAGGUCGACUUCAGGCGCGCCCUUGAGAUUAUAUCUGAGGAGAGUGGCGUUGCAAUUGAGGACCUUACCGACGACACCAAUUUCGCCGACUCGGGCGUGGACUCGCUGCUAUCGCUCGUUAUCGUGAGUCGAUUUAGGGAUGAACUUGAGCUCGACAUCCAACACGAGUCUCUCUUCCUUGAAUGCCCUACUGUUGCCGAUCUGAAAGAAUUGUUGCUUGGAACCACUGGCGCAGAAAACACAACUCAACUCUCCGCUGAGGAAAAGCCAGAACCUGCCAUUGUCACUAAAGCACCGCGCUUCACAGAGAGCGAAAAUGCCGAACUGGCGGCCCGAAAGGCGGCUGUUGACGUAUAUGUCCGGAAGUACACUGCCGGAUUUUCGGUACCAGUCUCUUCACCAUCUGCCAUCGCUAUAACAGACAAUGCAAAGGUUGUUCUAGUAACAGGAACAUCAGGGAGCUUGGGAGGUCAUUUGGCCUUUCAGCUGGCGCAUCGCGCCGACGUAAAGACGGUUAUCUGCCUUAAUCGCGAGAACAAGGCCGAAGCCUUUACGCGUCAGAAAAAGGCCAUGAAAGACAAGGGUGUCCAUUUCCCCGAAAACCUUCUUUCUAAACUGCAAGUAUUGCAGACGGACAGCUCGGCCCCUUUGCUUGGUUUAACGAAGGGAGAAUAUGAGAUGUUGGUGGGCUCCGUCACACAUCUUAUUCACAACGCGUGGCCCAUGAGCGUGAAGCGACCUUUGGAUGGCUUCGAGCCGCAGUUUAGCACCAUGCGCAACCUAAUCGAUCUUGCUUCUGCUGUUGUAGCUCGUCGCCCUGCUAGUUUCCGGUUUGGCUUCCAGAUGAUUUCAUCGAUCAGCGUCGUCGGGCACUACAGACGCACAGAAGAGCGCGUAGUAGUGCCAGAGGACAGGGUCAACGUUGACGCGCUUCUUCCCGUGGGUUACGCGCAGGCCAAGUGGGGUUGCGAACGGAUGCUCGACGAGACCCUGCACAAAUAUCCGGAACACUUCCGUCCUAUGACCGUGCGCCUGGGCCAAAUCGCCGGGUCCAAGGUUAGCGGAUACUGGAACCCCAUGGAACACUUCGGGUUCAUGAUGAAAUCCUCGCAGACGCUAAACGCCUUGCCCGAUGUUGACGGCACCGUAUACUGGACGCCUGUCAACGACAUAGCCGGUGCGCUCGCCGACCUUGUCUUGCGAGCACACCCGAAACCUCACUAUCCCUUCUACCACAUCGAGAACCCUGUCGGCCAACCCUGGCGCGAGGUUAACAAGAUCCUAGCCGACGCUCUAGGUAUCCGGGACUUGAUUCCUCUAGAAGAGUGGACGAAGCGCGUGAGAGCAGCACCACAGCGCAACAACCCGGCUGCUGCUCUGGCUGAUUUCCUAGACAGCAACUACCGGCGCAUGUCUUGCGGCGGACUCGUUCUCGAUGCCAAGAAGACGCUCGAGCACUCGCCUACCUUAGCUGCUGUGGGCCCGGUAAGCGAGGAGGUUAUUCGGAGGUACAUCUAUGUUUGGAAGGAAAUUGGUUUCCUGAACUAAAGGAUGGUUUGGUUUAUUGAUAUACUUGGAGGCUUCGCUGCAGAAAUUUUAGAGCAACUAGACUGAG